GUAGUUUUAUUUUAAAAAUAAAAAAUAAAGACAGACUGGGAAACCAAAAUUCUUCAACCGAAAAGGGGAAAAUUGUUGAAGCUUUUAUAGAGAUUCAUAACCCUACAAAAAGAAGAAGAAGAAGAAAAUGAAGGGGAUUUCCCCAUUUGUUGGAAUCGCCAUUACAAUCGCGCUUAUCUCUCUCCUCUUCACAUUUUUAUAUCCACUCCUCUAUCAUCAUCAUUCACCAUCACCACCAACCCCUAGAUUGUUUACAGUAGAAGAUCUAGCUAUAUACAAUGGCACUGAUAAUUCCUUGCCCAUCUUUUUAGGCAUUCUUGGGUCAGUGUUCGACGUGACAAAAGGAAAAUCUCAUUAUGGGCAGGGAGGUGGCUACAAUCACUUUGCCGGAAGAGAUGCUUCAAGGGCAUUUGUAUCUGGAAACUUCACAGGGGACGGGCUUACUGAUUCAUUGGCUGAAUUGUCUAGCACCGAGGUGAAGAGUAUAGUUGAAUGGCGAGACUUCUAUAACAGGACAUACAUAUAUGUUGGCAAGUUAGUUGGUCGCUAUUACAACAGCGAGGGAAACCCCACAAAAUAUCUUAAAGGAGUUGAAGCAAAGGCAAAACGAGGUGCACAGUUGAUGGAGAAGCAAAAGAUUGAAGAAGCCAAAGUACCUGGCUGCAACUCCAGAUGGAGCCAGGACGAGGGUUCCGAGGUAUGGUGUGACAAUGGAUACCCCAGACUAGUUCAGAGACCCCUAGAAAUAGCAUUGACGGGAAAAAUGAGCAAACGUUGUGCGUGCUACAGUGAAAUAGAUUUAGACCAACCUGGUUUAGAAGUUUAUGAAGGAUGUGGUUUCUUAUCUAAAUCUUGUCGGCUUUGAUUGUCAUGAUACGAUCAUCAAAGCUUGGAAGUCUUCUUUUAGCACAGGACAUCAUUAUGGGUUGUUGUAGAUGACUCUUCACACGAAAUGAUCUUGUAAAGCUAUUUUAGGCAACUCUUCACACAAAAUCAUUGUCUGUCUAUUUUUUAACCUCUUUUGAACUAAUAGUGAAAAUAUAGAUAUUGGCUGAA